CUGAAUUCUGCGAAACUAAGGCUAAAACCCCGAUAAGACGCUUUUCCUGCGACACUUGAAAUGUCUGGCGGGUAAACCUCUCGAAAAUAUAGUUGAAGGCCUCACCUCUCAAAAUGGCAUUACUGACACAACAAGCUGAAGAGGAUGAGCAUUAUAUACUAGUGGCAAAGAUGGACAACGCGAGAACAAUGUCAAACAUACUAAAGGCGAUUCAUUUUAAAGAGACUGCCACAGUGUUUGCCAGUGAAAGGGGGUUGAAAGUAACCGUUGAAGAUGCAAAGUGUGUUCAGGCUAAUGCAUUUCUGCAAGCAGAAGUAUUUCAAGAAUUUAUCAUCAAAGAGGAACAAGCAACAUUCAAAAUCAACUUGACAGUACUAUUGGACUGUUUGAAUAUAUUUGGAAGCAGUAGCAACCCUGGUGUGACAGCAGCUUUGAAGAUGUGUUAUGGUGGAUAUGGGUCACCUCUGAAGCUAAUGCUGGAAGAGGAAGGAGUUCUUACAGACUGCAGUAUCAAGACUUUGGAACCAGAUGACACCCUUGAUUUUAACUUUUCCAGUGCUAAUGUCAUCAACAAAAUCAUUAUGAAAUCUGAGUGUCUUAAAGAAGCAUUCAAUGAACUGGACAUGACCAGUGAAGUUUUACAGAUAGUGAUGUCACCUGACAGACCUUACUUCAGACUGUCCACAUUUGGAAAUGCAGGGAGUACACAUUCUGACUUUUCCAAGGAUUCAGAUAUGAUGGAAGCAUUUAACUGCGCACAAACCCAGACAAACAGGUACAAGGUUUCUUUAAUCAAACCCUCCGUGAAAGCUCUGGCGUCUUCUGUGCGUGUCUCCAUUAGAACUGAUAACAGAGGGUUCCUGUCACUGCAAUUUAUGAUCAAGCUUGAUGAUGGCCAAGUGUGCUUUGUUGAGUAUUAUUGUGUGCCUGAUGAAGAUCUAGCAGAGGAGUAUGAUGACUGACUUCAACUCAGUUUGAGGGGGAAAAGAUUAAUUUAAGUUGUCAAAAGUUGAAUAAGUGGAGUAUGCAGAUGGAGACAUAAUUGGAAAACUGUCAAACAUAUUGUGUCAGCCAGAGAGUUUCAGGUUUAGUCAGCGAAGUCUGGGAUUUUUGUGUUUAGAGCACCCCAAUAUAACUCCAAGGGCUUACAACAUUCAAGCUGCCAACCAGACACUUCCACAUCCAGUCCUGGUUCUAAUUUAUUUUCCAUGGCAUGAAAGGUCAAUGUGUCAUGCUAUCCUCUGAGCUGCUUAAGAACGUUAUUUGAUCAACGAACUUGUACUCCAUUAUCAUUAGCCUUGCCUACUGCAAGUAUGCUUUUGAUAGGACAAAAUGCAUUGAGCACAAACACACUUGUUACUUUAUGAUUUAAUAACAAGACCUUCGUGUUAACCUGCCAAAGUGGGAGUGAUAUGCAGGAUUUUCUUCUCAAAUGGGAAGUGAUUAGGAACUGCAUUUAAUAGGGAUUGAUUACUCUGAAUUAUUGCUUUAUUACUGCGGCACUCCAAGGGUUUGUUGCAUUUAUUGCAUUUGUUUCCAUCCAACCAAAUACAUGUACUAAAUGUCCUCAGUACCAGUUCUCUACAUUCACUUAACCUUUUUCACCUAAAAUGAUCAGAAAAUAACUAAGAAUGUUUUAGUAUUGUACUCUGCCACUGCUGCGCCUAACCUAGCUGUAGGUACCGGUUCAUAACAGGAGGUGGCUGCUCCCCUCACAUUGUGCAGUUUAUUCAAGAUAUCGCAUUUAACAUUAUAGAUCUAACUGAAUAGUCCUAAAGGAAGAAAUAUCACGUUUUUACGAAUGCAAGCUAGGGUUACAACGCUAUGGUUAUACGGAAAGUGGACACUUAAUCGGGUCAUUUUGAACUAUCUCGAGCAAUGCAAGUAAAAUAUUCGAAGAACAAAAAAAAAAAGGACAACAAGAGCCAGUAUCCAGACUAAUCAAGCGAAUAGUUGUAUAAUUUGAUUUUUAUUUGUUGCAAGUCCGAAACUGGGAGAUUGUCUGCACAAGUAUCGAGAUUUGAUUUAAGUAAAUAGAAAUUUUUUGUACUUGACGUCACUCGAUCAAAAUCACUGAAGUUAGCUAAUGUUAUUACCGAGAUUUUACUAACUCCAAGCCUCGAUGAGUCCUAGAAUUGAGCGGAAUCUUAUGCGAUUUGGCAGUAUUGAUAUUAUUAAGGAAACGGAUAUCGAUAAUUAUUUAAUGAAAUAUCCACCAGGUACAACUGAUUGGAUGAUUAACAGACGCAAAAUACUAUUAACCACAAUUGAU